AAAAAAGGAAAGAUAUAUCAAUUGAAGAUGUGAAGGGUGAAAACAAACAAGAAUGCCAAUCUUCACUGCAACUCUCAGCUCCUUCACUUCCAUUUCCUUCCUCUCAGUUUCACAAUCACAAUUACAACCCGACCCUUCUUCUUCUUCUUCUUCUUUGUCUUCUCCUUUCAUCAACCCAUUUCGUUUUCCAAAAUGUCCCCACAAGUUAACUGUGAGAACACCUUUGAAAAUCUUGGUCUCUGGCAAUACCCAAAUUGAACCAAAUUCCGACACUGGAAUCCUCCUUCAACGCCCUGCUGUUUCAGACCCACAAGAUGACGCUCGUCAGGCUCGGAUAUCGUCAGAUUGGAAGGCUGCAAAGGCAUAUAAAGAUAGUGGACUCAUUUAUAAUGGUAGGGUUGAAACUUUUAAUGGUGGAGGCCUUCUCCUUCGGUUUUUCUCUAUUCUGGGGUUUCUCCCUUUCCCACAGCUGAGCCCAUUGCAUUCAUCUAAAGAACCACAGAAACCUAUCCAAGAAAUUGCGCAAGGCCUAAUCGGUUCAAUCAUGUCGGUGAAGGUAAUUCUAGCGGAUGAGGAUAACAGGAAAUUGAUCUUCUCUGAAAAGGAAGCUUCCUGGUCUAAAUUUUCAGGACAGGUCAAGGUAGGGGACAUUUUUCAAGCAAGAGUUGGUUCUGUUGAGGACUAUGGUGCUUUUGUUCAUUUGCGCUUCCCUGACGGUCUUUAUCGCCUUACUGGACUAAUACACAUCUCAGAAGUGUCGUGGGAUCUAGUUCAGGAUGUAAGAGACAUCUUAACAGAAGGUGAUGAAGUGAGGGUCAAAGUUAUCAAUGUUGAUUGUGAAAAAUCAAGGAUUACACUAUCAAUUAAACAGCUAGAAGAAGAUCCACUUCUAGAAACCCUGGACAAAGUAAUACCUCAGGAUGAACCAGCUGAUCCUGAUUCUUUGAGCGGUAGUGAUAGCAAUAGUAUUGAACCUCUUCAAGGGCUUGAAACAAUUCUUGAAGAGCUACUAAAGGAAGAUGGUAUAUAUGAUACAAGAAUCAGCCGUCAAGGGUUUGAAAAACGGGUGGUCUCACAAGACUUACAGCUUUGGCUUUCUAAUGCACCUCCCACGAACCAAAGGUUUACUCUCCUUGCUCGGGCUGGAAGACAGGUGCAAGAGAUACAUCUGACUACAUCCCUUGAUCAGGAAGGUAUCAAAAGGGCAUUACAACGGGUAUUGGAGCGUGUACCCUGAAUCUGAUUUGACUGAGAGCUCUUCCCUCCCCAUAAUCACAGGGAUUUUGUACAGUUAUCACACAUUUAAAGUUCAGAUGCAAUGUAUUGAUAUAUCUGAUAUCCUCAAUGUACCCUAAAAAUGUCAACUCGUAAUGUAAAGCUCGCAGAAAAGUUCUUGUUAAAAACACUCCAUUUAAUAACAGCUUUCUUGAAUUCAUUCAGAACAUGCCACACAUU